UCCAUCUUUACAUUUAUUCCUUUUUCAGUUUUCUAAAUAUAGUUUAGUUUCCAUGAAUGACAUAUUAAUGUCUAAUUCUGAGGAUUUAGGUACCCACAAAAGCAAUUCAGAGGAUGAGCUGCUUUUCUCUUCACCUACCAUGCAGAAAAUGUUGGAAGUGAUGAUGAUCCAGAUUUUUAACCGUGUUCUAAAGCCAACCUUCGUAAAAUUGAUUCGUAAUGUUGUAAAACAUGAACUUGAAUUGGCAGAGAAGAAGUUUAUAUUCACCAAAGGAAACCCUGAAAAAGAUAUUCAAGCUCCUAAACCAAGAAUCUUGAAGUUGAUGUUCCGGUCGGAAGUAUCUGUUCCUGUACUUACCGGAAAGGAAAUUAAAGGAGAAGGAGGUAAUGCUAUUGAAUUGGUCUUAGUUGAUGAUAACACUGGAGAAAUUGUUGAAUCUGGACCAGAAGCAUCAGCUAAAGUGGAAAUUGUUGUUCUUAGGGGAGAAUUUGGAGAUGAUGAUGGAGGUAAUUGGACAGUUGACGAGUUCAAUAGUAAUGUUGUGCGAGAGAGGGAAGGAAAAAAGCCUCUUCUAGCAGAAACUGUACAUGUGAGACUUAAUAAAGGCAUUGGUUCUGUAGAUAAAAUCAAAUUUUCACAUUCUAAAUUCUAUAUGAAGAUGGGGAUGUUCAGGCUAGGUGCACGAAUUGUUGACACUUUCAAUAGCAUUCAAGUAAAAGAAGCAAGGACUGAAUCUUUCACUGUCAAGGAUGGGCGCCAGCAAUAUCAUGAGAAGCAUGAUCCACCAUUUCUAUCCGACAAGGUAUAUCGGUUAAAAAACAUAGGUAGAUGCAGUAUGAAGCGCCUCGGGAAUGAAAAUGUCCACACUGUAGAGCACUUUCUGAUUUUGCUCCUAAAAGACCGUGAGCGACUCAAAUGUGUACUUAAUCUAAAGCCAAAGAUGUUGGAGGAGACAAUUAGCCAUGCUCGGAGAUGCAUAACUAAUGAACGGACAUACUCUUAUAAUGACUUACAAGAAAAGGAAGAGGUGGUUUUUAACAUUGUUGGAGAGGUGCAGGGACUUAUUCUAGGGGGUCAAUAUCUACCUAUGCAUCUAUUAUCUGAAAGUGAUAAGGCUAAUGCUCAGAGGCUGCUGUUAUCUGCAUGUGAAAAUUGGGAUCAUGUAGUACCAGUUGAUAAUGAGACAUUUUUUAUGCAAUAUCCUUCUCAAAUAUUGCCAACCAUGAGCCCUUCGAAUUCUCCAAGCCGAGAGGUUCCUAGCACCAGUAAUGGCAUUGAGAAUUUUAGAACUAGUGAUGGACACUGUUCUACCUCUUUUCAGCACAAUGUUUCAUCCAUCAUUCCUGCCAGAGUUGCAAGUGCAAUCAGUCAGAACGAUCCUGAUUCCGUCAGUAUUAGCAACCAGGAGUUCUCUAACUCCCCAAUAUAUAGUCCUUUAGUCCAACAUUUUUGGAUUGAUCAAUGCAACUACCAGUUGGAAGACAUAUAUUUUGGAUUUGAUACUCAUCAACCACAUGAUGCUUCUGCCUCUACGGUAAAUGUGCAUAACCGGUGGAAAAUGUUGCUUAAAAUCUUUAGACAGUCCUCAAUGAGAAGAAGAGCUGCAGCAUUAACAGAUAUUCAACCUCUGAAGAAGCAGAGAGUCUUUUGAUUCUAUUGCUUUAGACUGCUAGUGAUUAGUUCAACAACAGUUGAAAAGAUAGAUCUCAGAGUUCCUCAUCACAGACAAGGAAAGGAUAACCUUCCACUGCAGAUUCUAGUUGCUCAUUGUUCUGGUGCUGUAGUAGCUGGGAUUCAAGGCGUGUUGAAAGUCUAAUAUAGUUAUAUGUUAGAAUGUUGAAAAUAUUGGUAUAUGCUCUUAUGUGUUUAGAUUCAUUUUAUAUCUUGGUUAAAAAUAUUAGAAUAUUAUUGAUGAUCAUCUCAUGAUUUCGAGUCCCAAUAAUUAAGAGUGUCUUUGUUUCAUGAAAUCUUAACUCCUGAGUAUAUAAGUAGGUGUAGCCAACAUGAAAGGGGGUUGAAAUAAUACUUGGUGAGGCAAGAUUUUAUGUUCAUAGUACACCUCCUAUAUCUUCUUCGUUAUCAGGUACUGAACUUUGUGUAUA